AGAUUGGUGUAUUGUAAAUCACUGUCAACUUGUAAUACACCACAACAGGUUAACAUUUGUUUGUUAAAGGGUUUUCAUAAAACAAGGUUAACAUGAAAAAAUAAGUUCCUAAGAUUGAUAGUUUUGGUUAUUGUAAAUCAUCUGAUAUGAUAAACAAAUAGUUUGUUGAUUAAGUUCUUAUAAAGACAUGCAAAACUACUUCAAACAUUUAUAUACUACAUAUUUUCCAUGUGGCUCUAGUACACUAAAUGUUUGUUUUGUUAGUUGCAAGUGUUAUUAGCUAAAAAAAAUCUCAAGUCAUCAAAUCCAUGUAUUCAUCCCAUCCUCACAUAAAAUAUUAUAAUACCAACAGAAAUAGUUUCAAAAAUAGUUUCAGAAAUAGUUGAGUUUCAAAAAAAAAAAAACAACAGAAAUAGUUGUUGUGUAAGAUUUGAUUAUAUCAUAGUGGUCAUGAUCAAUAGUUUUGUUGAAGAGAAAGGAACCACUACAAAGUUUAUAUAUAUGCGAGUACUUUUAUUUAAAAAAAAAAAAACUGGAUUUCUGUUUGACGACAUCUAUUAUAUAUUGGUAACGUAAAUGUAGCAUAUCAAAACUUAACAUUUGACCAUUAAUAUAAAUUCGUGUGUUGGAUAUUGCUUUGCAUAACCUGGACUCGGACUAAAAAAAAACCUGGACUCGGACUAAAAAAAUGUCUAAAUGUUCAUGGUCUCACCGUGGGCAGUCUAAAACAAAGGCCGACUCAUGUUUUCACACCACAUGAACUGAGCACAAGCAAAUCAGUAUUACGAACAUCGAUCCACAUAUGUUGCUGAGAUUUCUUGAGGAGAACUUCAAUGCUUUUCUUGUCAUUUGUCAUGUUUCUUCUUUUGGGCCAGAUUAUAAUAAAAUAUGAUAUGUCAUAAAACUAAAGCUAAAAGCUGCCACCUUCUGUCUCUGCCACCCAAAUUCGUUAGACGUCAUUUCUCUUUAAGAGCUUUAAGAGCAGCAUUAACCAUAGAAGCUUAGGGGAGGAUGUUUAAAAAAUAAAAAUAAAAUAGUGGGUGAGUCUCACCAUUUUCAAAAAUAGAGGUGCUUUUGCUGCCUAAAUAAACAACGAUUUUGGAGAGGAUUUUCGACUGUUCGCGGGUUCCACUUGACACGUGACGACCCGUAAUUGAUAGAUUUUUAAAUAUUUUUAAUCAGAGAAAAGAAAAAAAAAUAAAAAAAAAUAAAAAUAAAAUAAGCACCCAAAAUAGGGUGAUGGGAUAAAGAUGCUCUAAAGACCACAACUAUCGGAGGUAAGAAGAGAGGUUUCUAAGUGGUAGACUCCAUAUUUUGAGUUAAAAACGGAGAUAGAAUAUAUGAAAUAAGGAUCUACUUUUGUCUGAUUCUUGUAUUGUUUGCGGACUCCACUGAGACGUGGCGACCCGCAAUUAGUUUCUUUUAUAUUUUUAAAAAACCCAAAAUACAAAUUUACCGAUAAUUAUGGCCUAAGUUUCCCUUUUUUCCACUAGAAUGAUACCCCCGCUCGAACAAGUGAUAAACAUGCGACUGUCGAAUGGCAUCAAAAUUCUUUUUACCUUUUUAAUAAAGCAUACAUCACACUGAAAUUCUUUUGGUUGUAUCUAUGAUGUAUUUUUCCAACUUCAUGAUAUUAUUAUGAGUAAAGAAAAAGGUCGUCAUUGCUUUAUGAAAAAGAAAGAGGAACUAAUUACGUCAGCACACUAAAACGUUGAAAUACCCGAUUAGGUUAAACAAGCAUGGGUAUUAUAAUAAUACCGAUGAUUUAUGGGAAGAUAAAAAUGAUAAAAAUGCGAGCGUUUCCAUUAAGAUUAGAUGGCAUGACGCAUGAGAGUGUGCAUGCUUAUUCUAAUAGUUGCCAGUUUCGUGAUUACUGAUUAGUUUAUGUCUUAUGUACUGACAGAAAAAACCUUACAACUGAAUUUCUUAACUUAUAUUUCCUUUGGCAUGUGUAGGCACGUAUAAGUCGGGAUGCUCUUGAGGAGUUUUUUCUCUGGAGUUUGUAAAGUUAUAUAUGCUUUAUAGGCACAUAUCCAACAUCAUAUGGCAAUAACGACGUCACUAAACACCAAGAUAAUGACAUUCUUGGCUAAGUAGUAAUGUUUUAAAUGGUGAGAAGUGAGUACGAGCUCGAUUGAUAGACAAGGACGACGCACCAAAUAUAUAUUUGUUAAUUUUUUCAACAACCCAUCGAUGCAUAUAAUAAGUACGUCACUUAAAAAAAGAUUAAUACUAAUUAAGGUCCUCUCCCGUGAGUCAAGGGCCUUGACUCCCUCUAAACCUGAUCUUGACCUUCCCAUCAAAGAAUCAAACUCAGAGAAAGGAUUUAAUUUUCUUGACAAAAAUUACUUCAAACCAUAAAUACGUAAGGGCUAUUAUGGUAAUUCUGGUUAGACGACUUGGUCAUCAAGAGGCCCAAACAAAAGGAUCUGGAGCUAAAUUUAGAUUAAGAUCGGCCCAUCAGCCCUAAAAUACGGGACACGUCACCAGAGAAGACGACUAAGACCCUCUGUUUAAACCAGAGGUUUCCUCCCAGUGAAAUCGGAGCCGAUUAACAAGGCCACGACACACAAAACGAUCCGCCAUUUUUGAUUUUUUUUGCCAAAUAAGAGAGUAUAGAGAGAUAGUGUACAAAGCAGAAGAAGAAGACGAAGAUUACGAAGAAGAGUCAUGCACAACGCAAACGGAUUCCUGACGAGAAUCGUUCGAGAUAAGCAGCUAUGGAGAUUCGGUUACCGGAGGAGCUUCUGCUCGCUCAAGGUCACCCCGGAUGAUCUCGAUAACCAGGUUCUCUUUGAAGGAAGCGGCUGUUCCCGUACUGCGAUUCUCAAUCGGCCACCUGCUCUUAACGCGCUCACCACUCACAUGGGAGUUAGGUUGCAUAAGCUUUAUAAGAAUUGGGAAGAGGAUCCUAAUAUCGGGUUCGUGAUGAUGAAGGGGAGUGGAAGGGCGUUUUGUGCUGGUGGAGAUAUUGUGUCUAUCUACCAUUUAAGAAAGAGAGGUAGCCCGGAUGCUAUUAGGGAGUUUUUCUGGACUUUGUAUAAUUUUAUAUACUUUCUAGGCACAUAUCUGAAGCCACAUGUGGCAAUUCUUAACGGUGUUACCAUGGGAGGUGGAGCUGGAGUUUCGAUACCUGGGACAUUUCGUGUAGCUACUGAUAGAACUAUUUUUGCUACACCUGAAACAGUCAUUGGUUUUCAUCCUGAUGCUGGCGCUUCUUUUAAUCUCUCCCACUUACCUGGUCGCUUAGGGGAGUAUCUGGGUCUUACUGGGUUAAAGAUCAGUGGCGCAGAAAUGUUGGCAUGUGGCCUCGCGACACAUUAUAUUAGUAGUACGGAGGUUCCUAUAUUGGAACAACAGCUCAAGAAGCUCCUCACCGAUGAUCCUUCUGUUGUUGAAGCAACCUUAGAAAAAUGUGCAGAAGCUGCCCAUCCAGAAAAGACUGGUGUUAUUCGCAGGAUCGAGUUACUUGAAAAAUGCUUCUGUCAUGACACAGUAGAAGAAAUUAUUGAUUCAUUGGAAGUCGAGGCUGGUAGAACAAAAGACAUAUGGUGCACGACGACUCUACGUAGGCUUAAGGAAACCUCGCCAUUGUCCUUGAAGGUCGCAUUGAGAUCUGUCAGAGAAGGAAGAUUUCAAACACUUGAUCAGUGCUUGAUUCGAGAGUAUAGAAUGUCGCUACAAGGAACAGUAGGGAAUUUUUCGGGCAAUUUUUGUGAGGGAGUACGAGCUCGAUUGAUAGACAAGGACGAAGCACCAAAGUGGGAUCCACCAACCUUGGAGAAAGUUACAGAAGACAUGGUUGAUAAUUAUUUCUCGCCCUUGACUCCCGCCGAACCUGAUCUUGACCUCCCCGUCAAACUCAGAGAAAGCAUUUAGAUUACUUCAGAUUGCCGCCAACUUCUUCUCAUGUUUCAAGACAACGGAGAGGCGGCUCGUCUACUUUGAUAUUAAAAAAAUAAAACUAAGUGUUGUAUCAAGAUUUCAUACGUUUUGACUAAUUGAGAUAUACGAUUAUUAACACGAUUAAGUAUAGAUUAAGCAUUCUUUCAUUUUUAAACGAAUAGAGAGUGGUGUAUGUAAUUC